CGCCCCACCAUAAAAAACCGCCAUCCCCGUCCCCCUCCCGAUCCAAACCCUCACCCACCCGAUCUAAGAAGCCCCAACCCGCUUCCCCCGACCCGAUUCUCGCUGAUGCCUCACUCGACAACCCGGAUCUCGGCCCGUUUCUCCUCAAGCUGGCUCGAGACACCAUCGCCUCCGGCGAAGGCCCGAACAAGGCUUUGGACUAUGCGGUCCGGGCCUCCAAGUCGUUCGAGCGGUGCGCCGUCGAAGGCGAGCCCAGCCUGGACCUAGCGAUGAGCUUGCACGUGCUGGCGGCUAUAUACUGUAGCUUAGGUCGGUUCGAGGAAGCAGUUCCGGUUCUGGACCGGGCGAUUCGGGUACCCGAGGUUCAGAGAGGUUCGGAUCACGCGCUCGCGGCGUUCUCGGGGCACAUGCAGCUGGGGGACACGUACUCGAUGCUGGGACAGGUGGACCGGUCCAUUGAGUGCUAUGAGGAGGGCUUGAAGAUCCAGAUCGAGGCUUUGGGUGACACUGAUCCCAGAGUUGGUGAAACUUGCAGAUAUUUAGCUGAGGCCCAUGUCCAAGCAAUGCAGUUUGAAAGAGCAGAAGAAUUGUGCAAGAAAACUCUUGAAAUUCACCGUGCUCAUAGUGAACCAGCAUCUCUUGAAGAGGCAGCUGACCGCCGGCUGAUGGCUCUCAUAUGUGAGGCAAAGGGAGAUUAUGAAUCAGCACUUGAACAUCUUGUCCUUGCCAGCAUGGCAAUGAUUGCAAAUGGGCAAGAAAAUGAGGUUGCUGCUAUUGAUGUCAGCAUAGGUAACAUUUACAUGUCUCUUUGUCGCUUUGAUGAGGCCGUCUUCUCUUAUCAGAAGGCACUCACUGUUUUAAAGUCAUCAAAGGGCGACAACCACCCUUCGGUUGCCUCUGUCUUUGUUCGCCUUGCUGACCUAUAUCAUAGAACCGGAAAGAUCCGAGAGUCCAAAUCAUAUUGUGAGAAUUCCCUGAGGAUAUAUGUGAAGCCUGUGCCUGGAACAACGGCAGAAGAGAUUUCUGGUGGGUUGACUGAAAUUUCAGCCAUUUAUGAAUCCAUGGAUGAGCCUGAGGAGGCACUAAAGCUGUUGCAGAAGGCGAUGAAGUUGUUGGAGGAUAAACCAGGACAGCAAAGCACAAUUGCUGGAAUAGAAGCACGGAUGGGAGUGAUGUUUUGCAUGCUUGGGAGAUAUGAAGAAGCAAGGAGCUCUUUUGAGAGUGCUAUAGUGAAACUUAGAGCUAGUGGAGAGAAGAAGUCGCCUUUCUUUGGGGUUGUGCUGAACCAGAUGGGAUUGGCUUGUGUACAGUUGUUCAAGAUAGAUGAGGCUGCUGAGUUGUUUGAAGAAGCGAGGGGGAUAUUAGAACAAGAGUGUGGUCCUUGUCAUCAAGAUACUCUUGGAGUAUAUAGCAAUCUCGCUGCAACCUAUGAUGCUAUGGGGAGAGUUGAAGAUGCAAUUGAAAUUUUGGAGUAUGUCCUUAAACUGCGAGAAGAAAAGCUCGGAAUUGCAAAUCCUGAUUUCGAAGAUGAGAAGAGAAGACUAACUGAGCUUCUGAAAGAAGCAGGUAGGACCCGAGACAGAAAAGCAAAGUCACUGGAAAACCUUAUUGAUCCAAACUCGAAGAAGACGAAGAAAGAGGGCACAAAGAGGUGGGGUGGCUUGGGCUUCAGACUUUGAAAGGAAAAACCCGGCAAGAUUUUAUUCAAAAGAAAAAGAUCUCCACUUCCAUUUCUUUCUGCUCUCCUGCACUUGCACAUUCUGUAACAUAGAUCAAGAUCAUGUAUAGGCUUGAAGUUUUAAUUUGGCGAGGUUUUCUGUUUCUCGAGUUUUGAAUUUCUCUCAAUUUUUUUUUUCCUUCUCUGAUAAUGUUUUAUUGAAUGUCUGCAUUGUAAGCUUGAAGCUGUUCACUGAAAAGAAAAAUAUGCAUUUGAGUGAAUAAAAUUCACAUGUAUGUUUUCCCCUCUCA